CGUUCUGCUGCAGAAAAUCAUGCAGCACCAAUCAGAUUGCAGAGUGAUCGCGUAAUGCAUAUUGUGGCUUCCCAGCUAAACCUGGCUUCUCAGCUGACAUAUCAAGUUGAAUUGAAUAAAGUAAACUAUGAGUAUUUUGACUGAAAGCAUCUGCUCAGCUGCCAGAGAGUUGGGCUAUCCAAGUGUGAAACCUGAACAGAUGGAUGUUGUGCGUGCUUUUAUGGGAAAGAAAGACGUAUUUGCUGUACUUCCAACAGGAUUUGGGAAAAGUCUGUGCUAUGCUUGUUUGCCAUUCACCUUUGAUAAAAUCCUUCAAAAGGAGAAAGGAUAUUCACUGGUGAUAGUAGUGACUCCUCUGCUAGCUAUUAUGAAAGAUCAGGUGGCAUUUUUUUCUUCCAAGGGAUUGUCCUCGGCACUAGUUUCAGGAGAAAAUGUGGACAUUGAAGUACAAGAUGGUGUGUGCAGAGGUGCGUAUCAGUUAAUUUUCUUUACGCCAGAGAUGAUCAUUGGAAACCGAAAGUGGAGAAAAUUGCUGGAAGGCGAUGUUUAUGCUAAUCGUUUGAAGGCCUUUGUGAUUGAUGAGGCACAUUGUGUGAAGAAAUGGGGUGAGACUUUUAGGCCUGUCAUGGAUAGAAUUGGUGAAGUGAGAAGCCUAUUACCAAUAGGUGUGAAUGUAAUGGCUGUUACAGCGACAGCCACAAAAACCAUUCGUUACUCUGUCAGCAAGACAAUCGGGCUAAAGUCACCCUAUGUAAUCACAAGAUCUCCUUCUAAAAAGAAUCUCUUUUACUGUGUUGGAGUGUUUAAUGGAGUUGAAGAAACGUUUCGUCCAUUAGCUCGGAAGUUGAAAAAUGUGCGUGUUGCCUUCCCAAAAACAAUCAUUUACGGUCAGUCGUUCAGUAUGUGUGCAGAUAUAUACAUUUUUCUUCGGAGAGAGUUAGGCACCAAUUUCACAGAGCCUGUUUAUGCUCCUGAUGUACCCUCUUUCCGCAUGGUAGACAUGUUUACUAGCGUUACAGGUGCUGGCCACAAAACAGAAAUUAUACAGUUAUUUAAGAAAAAAAGCAGCCUGAGAAUUGUUAUUGCCACAAUUGCCUUUGGUAUGGGGGUAGAUUGCGCUGAUGUGAGGCAAAUAGUUCAUGUUGGCCUGCCGGAUGACAAUAGUUCUUACAUUCAAGAAACUGGUCGGGCUGGCAGAGAUGGACAUCUGUCAUCAGUCACACUACUUCAAGCAACCACUCACCACCCUGUUGAUACGGACAUUAAAGAAUAUGCCUCAAACUGUGAUAAAUGCCGACGCGAUUUCCUAUUCACAGAUAUGGAUAAUUACGUUCACAACGAUAUGGGUAGUAAGUGUGUUUGUUGUGACAUUUGUGCCAAGCUAUGCUUUUGUGGUAACUGUGAAACCAAUAUGAUACAUUUUACUAAGCUUACUAGAUCUACUACUAUUUAUUUUGAUUAAUUGCGCGUGCAAUCGUACUUUUUUUAUAAUGCUUGAUGAUUGGGAAAAGUCGUAUUACGCUUUCUUUGAACUGUAAAAAAAAUCAAACUAAAAUUUAUCAGGCAAUUUGGUUAAAAUCCAGGUCAUUAGUUCAUCUUUAGUUUUGGAAUGUAGCACAUUCCUAACACGUGGGAACGUUAGGUGCUUUCGGUUAUCUUCUACUAUAAACCCACGAGACUUCACAAGUUCCUCGGCUACAACUUCGAUAUCUGUUUGUGUAUUAGGUUUUGCUUGUCUACUACUUGAAUGUGUAAUACUGUUAUCUUCAUCGAACUGAUCAAGCAGUGGUGAUAUUGUGCCGAUUGCCCUCCCAGUUCUUUGAAUUGCCUUAGCUGUUCUAUUAACACCUUGAGCUCGUAUGCAUGUCUUGGCAAUUUUAUUUAGAUGUUCCAUGUGUAAAUCACCCGCAAUAUUCAUCCCUGGUUUACCAUUCAUGUUUACGAACCGACUCCAUAUUAGCUGUGCUGAAAGCCUUGGUGACAAUGUGUACAGGUGUUGAAGAAGUAAAUUCACCGACUCACAACAAUAAUUCUUAGAUCCAGAACCGUAAAAUACUGGCAUAAGAUAUUUCCAGCAACGCAGGACGCGUUCACCAUCUCCUUCUCUGAUAGCGUCGGAAAACUCUAGGUAGAAACACCCAAGUCGUAGAAGCUCUGUAGAGUAGCUGAAAAUGCCAUCUCGUUUAGAACUCGCUUUUAAGUCACAAUUCAAACCAUUGUAACUGAAGCAUACACAUUUAUCAUAUAUAAGCUCACACAACUGCAUUAAGCAUUUCUUUCUCUCCUCAUGUGACUUAAACCACACAUCUUUAGCAUUCGGUAGUAUGUCAUCAGUAGGAGUGUCAUCUUUUGACUUCAAUCUCAA